AUGGCACAAAAGAACCAGCAACGUAAAUAUGUCUCUCGCCGCAAUGCACAACGUGAGGCAGCCGAGGAGGAACUCUGCUCGCUUGGUAAUCAGGACCAAAUCGAGGAAAUGAAGCUGCACAUUAAAGAGCUGGUGGGUGAGAAGGAGCAGCUUUGUAAGGAAGUCCACAGCUGCAAGGAGGAAAUCUCCAAGCUGAAGGAGCUUCUGAAGAACAAGGAGAAAACGCUGGAGUCCAGCCCCGUGGAGGUAAAGGUCUCCACCAAGAACAAGAAGUCUCCCCCGGUGACCAAAGAAGACGAAGGCCUCCAGACAGAGCAGCUGGACCAAUCCAAGCUGGAGACAGCCGAUUUCAAAAGGCUGCAAGGACUGCAGCAGAAGAUCAAAACCCUCCAGGGUGAAAAAACACUUUGGAUAAAGGAAAGGAAAGAAAUGGCGGCGAAAAUGGAAGAUCUCGAGAGGCAGAAAAAGGAACUGAUGGAGGAAAAGGUUCCACACCUGCAAAAAGGAGGCAAGGCGUUUCAAGAGGAGACCAAAGAAAUGCGCAAGGAGAUCAAAGAGCUGCAGGAAGCCAAGAAGAAACUCCAGGAGAAAAACAAGAAACUGGAGAAAGAUCUAGGGGCAGAAAUAAAGAAAGUGGAAAAGAUUAGCAGCAAGGUGAAUAGUGGUAAAUGGGCGAUUGCACACAAGCUUAUUUCUGUCACUGGCGAGCUAAAGUACCUAAGGUCCUCCAACGAGACCCUGGAGCAGCAAAAUAAGCAGCUGACCACGGAGACGGAGAGAAUGUCGGUGGAGAUAAAGCUUCUGCAAGAACAGAAUGAGAAGCAUGAAGACUCCAAGGCAAAAAUGAAGGAGGCCUUCCUCAAACUUAAGAAUAAAAAUAAGGAUGAGAAGAAGGUAAUUGAGGAGGAGAAGCUGAAGCUUGGAGAGGAGAAAAACGAAUUGGCAAUUAAGAUUACAGCCCUCCAAGAGUCCAGCAAACAACUGGAGUCCUCAAUCAAAGACCUCCAGCAGAAAACUGAAGAAUUGGAGGGAAGAAAUAAAACUCUCCAUGAUGAGAAUAAAAAGCUGAAGGCUGAAAAUAAUGACCUCCAGGAGGACAAAGAAGCUCUGCGGGGGAAGAAUGAAGACCUCAAAAAGGUCAAAGAACUUCUGGAGGUGACAAACAAAGACCUCCAGAAGGACAAAGACUUUCUGGAGCAGGGCCAGAAAGUGAUGCAGCAGGAGAUUCAAGUCCUGCUGGAAAAGAGCCAAGAAGUGGAGGAGUCACAUAAAAUCCUGGAGAAGGACAACGAGGAGCUCCAGGAGCAGCUCAUGAAAAAGCGCCAGAAGAAGAAAUUCUUCGGUCUUUUCAGGAGCUGCGAGCAGAAGGAGGAGGAAAGAAGGCUCAAAAGAGAAAAGAAAGAGAAAAAGCUGCAGGAAAAAGAACAGCAGAGGCAGCAACGAGAGAGAGAGCUGGACCAGAGGACAAGGUCAGAAGGUCGUUCACAAGGAGAACGAAAAGUUGGGUGCUGCAGUUGGUUUCAUUAA